UCUUAUUUUCACCACUUGUUAUUCCUCCACAGCACGAGGCGGCGCGUGGCCUCAACGGAAGACAAAAAUAGAAAUAACGAAGAAGAAAGGGUUUCAAUUCAAGUUUGCGCACGCGCGCCGUGGGAUUGGUAAGCUUUAGGUAAAAUGGCGUCGGGUGCCAUUUCCACGGAGCUGAAGAAAUUAUCAGAAUUAAGAGUUGUUGACCUUAAAUCUGAACUCAAGCGCAGGAACCUGGACACCGUCGGUGUGAAGAGCGUUCUGCUCGCGAGGCUCAAACAGGCUGUUGAGGAUGAAGGUGGUGACCCAGACAAUUUUCAAGCACAACUUUCAAGUGAUGCGUUGCCCCGGAAAGUUGGAAAAGCUAAAGGACGAAAAAUGGAUUCCGAUGCGGAAACAUCAGUGGAAGAGGAUUUGCCUUCCAAGGAUACUGAAGAGUACGAGUCAGAAAAGGAUGUAACUGAUACAGAUGAUGGUACUCGUGAAAGUUCUAAGCCUGCACCGUGUGAGGACAGCCUCGCUCAGCCCGAGGCUGAGGCUGAACCAGCGUGUGAAGCUGUGACGGCUGAGGCUGAUUCUGAGCCAGAGGUCGAAGCUGAGCCAGAGCCAGAGGUCGAGACAGAGGCAGAGCCUGAACCAGAACCAGAACCAGAGCCAGAUGUCGAGACAGAGCCUGAACCAGAGCCAGAGGUUGAGGCUGAGGCUGAGGCUGAGCCAGAGGACGAUGCCGAGCCAGAUGUGGAUGAGGAUCCCGAGCCAGAGGUGGCGACCGAACUGUCCGGGAUGGACGACGAAGCUACGAAUUCCUUUAAAGAAGUCGAGGACGAUCACCUGUCCGUCUCAAUCCAAAAUGAAGAUGCCAUCACCCUAGAUGUCGAUGGUGAUGAUCUCCUGGAAACAGGUAAACAUGUGAAACUUCCAGAUCCAGAUGCCGAGAAGGCCACUGACGAGACGGCAGAUGGCUCUGCUGACAUGGGCCCAGAUGAUGACAUGAAGUCACAAGACUCCGAGGGCCACAGAGAUGGUAAGAAAGACGAUGGAUCCAGGUGUGACCCCACGAAGAAAGACAGCAGAGACUCCCUGAAGAAAGCUGAAACGGGAGACAAAGAAAAGGAUUCUGGGAAGAAAGGCCCCUCCUCCACUGGGGCGUCAGGUCAAGCAAAGAGCUCUUCACGAGACAGGGACGGGAAGCCAGCUAAAGAUGACAAGGGGAUCGUCGGCAGCAACAACAGCAGCAGCUCUUCUCGCAACUUAUGGGUGAGCGGUUUGUCUUCAAACACCAAAGCAGCUGAUCUCAAGAAUCUGUUUGGAAAAUACGGGAAGGUUCUGAGCGCUAAGGUGGUGACAAAUGCUCGCAGUCCAGGGUCAAAGUGUUACGGCCUGGUGACCAUGUCCUCCAGUACAGAGGUGACGCGGUGCAUCUCACACCUCGACUGCACAGAGCUUCACGGACAGCAGAUCUAUGUUGAGAGGGCCAAAAAUGAUCCUUUCAAAAAAGAGCCGUCAAAGACGGAAACGGAGGACAAAGCAAGUUCCAGCAAAUCGAGCGAUAAGCGAACUUCCACGGGGAUGAAAUGGGCCAACAAAGCACAACCAUCUCACAAAAAAGAAGACAAGAAAUCAGACAAACUCUCAGACAAGGACAAAGAUUUGUCCAAGAAACAGGAAGGCAAAGCUGGCUCAUCCAACCUGGGACAAGACUCUUCAAAGAAAGAUGACAGAAAACAUGGCCGCACAAAGAGUCCGAUGAUGGUCGAUCACAACAAAGGAGAUUCAAACUUCAACAAAAUGAGACCUUUCAGGAGGGGGAGGUAUUUUGAUAAAACUCCGGCCAACAUGAAUUUUCAAAGGCGGCCGAAAUAUUUGAUCCCUCCUGAAGAGCUGGAAAUGAUGAGAGACAAACAGCGAGCGUUCACUAACAAAGGAGAAGAAGGCGGCAUCCUGCCGUUUGAGAAGAUGAAGGAGCAGAGGAUGCGCGAGAGGAUGGCUCGUCUGGAGCGCGUCCGCAGAGCGGUCGAGUUACGCAGGCGCAGGGAAAUCGCAGAGCAGGAAAGACGUGAGCGUGUCCGUGUGAUGCGAGAGCGCGAAGAAAGGGAGAACCUCCUCAGAGAGCGCCAGAGACUGGAGAUGGAGAGACAGAAGCUGGAGAGGGAGCGUCUGGAGAGAGAGAGGCUGGAGCGGGAGAGGAUACGCAUUGAGCAGGAGCGGCGUAAAGAGGCCGAGCGCAUGGCGCGUGAACGCGAGGAGCUCCGAAGACAACAAGAGCAGCUGCGCUUUGAGCAGGAAAAGAGAAACAACCUGAAAAGAGGCCGUGACGUGGAUCACAGUAGAAGAGAUGAUUCCUUCUGGAAUAGCAACAAGAAGAUGCAGUCUGAGUCUGACGUCCGUGUGAACCAAGCCUCCAACUACAACCGGCAGCAGAACCGCUUUUCAAACUUCAGUCCUAAAGAGAGAGGGCGUUUCCCAGACGCUGCUGUGGAGCAGCCAAACACAUACGACAGACGUAACAGAUUUGACGGCGAGCCUGAGGCAAAGAAAGCUCGUCCUGCUCCUCACAGACAGAGCGGCUCUGGAUUCGAGCGUUACCCCAAGAACUUUGAAACGGUGCGCAGAGCCGAGACGCUUCCUCCUCCGCGCAGCGACCUCCGCGACUCGGACCGCAGGGACCGAGACGAGCGGCGACCCGUGCCGAUGCACAGUCGCCCGAUGGGAGCCCGAGCGACGAUGCCCGGCAUGUCCAACACUCGCUCGCCCAGGGACGGCGGGCAUGGAUGGAAGAAUGAUGGAGGGAUGAACUCCAGCAAAGAAGACAUACGAGGACCGAUGCGUAUGCGUGCUGAGCAGGCGGGGAGAGACGGUCCAGGUCCUGCUCUGAGAGGAGCUUCUUCAGCCAGCAGAGGACGGAGCAGCUUCAGUGACCGAGACGGACGGAGACCAAUGGUGAUGAACGAUCAGCCGUUCUCCUCCGGCCGUCAGGUCGUCGUCGAGCGUCAUAACCGUGAUCAGGGCCUGAGGAAGGAGUGGCACGGCGGCUCGGGCUCACAGGGCGGAGGCGGAGGCGGCAGCUUCUCGGACAGUCGCAGGAUGGCAGAUAACCGCAGCGGCAUGAUGGCGCCCUCGAGCCACUCUUCAUCAGGAAUGAACCGCAUUGUACAGAUCACCAGCAACGCCAUUCCCAGCGGUGGCAGCGUGGGUGGAUUCAAGCCCUUUAAAGGAACGCAGCGGCAGUUCUAACUGCAGCUGCAGGAACUCUUUGUUUUUAGAGCGUCAGCUGUUUUAUUUUGUAUAGACCAGUGUUUCACCUGUGCACACACGUUUUAUUGACCUUUAGCAAACUCUUGUACAGCUGGAGGUCUUCAUCUGUGAUUACCUGUUACCUGCUUCUCCUCCACAGUGUGUGUGUGUGUGUGUGUGUGUGU